GUCGCUCCAGUCCAGCAGGUGGCGCAAACGCGCAGUGUGUUCCAUAAAACAACAGUGCGGUGUUGUUGUGUCUUAUGAAGGAUGUUCAUCAUGAGCGAUCAGAUGGAUGUGAUGUGCUGUAAAUCAGUAGGAACUGAUCUGUCCAUGUUGGAUAUUGAGGAUAUGAUGACAGAGAUCUUUCAGCUGAGGAAAGAGGUGGCGUUACUGCAGGAAAAGCUUGAGGAGUACGCUGAAGUGAACAAAAAGGAUGUAUCUGGUGUCUCAGUCUGUGGCUUCACUGAUCAAACAUCUACAGAGCUUCUUUUUUCUACCUGUAAUGAAAACCAAAAGACAUCAGCGAACCUGCUGGACUGCGGGAUGGAGCUAAAACAAGAACCCACAGAAGAAGGAGAACAGACAGAUGAUGGUGGUUUGAUUUAUUUAGACCCGACAGAAGUGAGGGAGGACAUUUCUGAACAGGAUGAAAUAGAGGAGAAACCUUAUCAUUUAAUACUUGUAGACGAUUCCAUGAGCUGCUUAACCCUGGAGAACCCAGGAGAAUCCCAAAAUCCUUUUCUUCUAUUUAACAAAUUUGACCCCAUGGGUUCUCCAGGGUUAAAGACUUUAUCACCCAAAAAAUCUCAACAAACAAAAGUUAAUGAAUCUCUUAAGUGUCCACAGUGUGGAAAGAUCUUCACUCGUAAAAACCACCUUUGCAUACACAUGCGAAUUCACACUGGAGAAAAGCCUUUCAGAUGUGACCAGUGCGGAAAGGCUUUUAUUCGUAAGUAUGACUUAAGUGUGCACAUGCGGAUUCACUCUGGAGAUAAGCCUUUCAUAUGUGGCCAGUGUGGAAAGACCUUCAUACGAAAUUCUGACCUCAGUGUGCACAUGCAAGUUCACAAUGAAGAAAAGCCCUACGGAUGUGACCAGUGUGAAAAGACCUUCCAUCGUAAGUAUGACUUAAACGUGCACAUGGGAGUUCACACAGGAGAGAAUCCUUACAGAUGUGACCUGUGUGGAAAGAACUUUACCCGUAAGAGCAACAUUAAUACGCACAUGCAUAGUCAUACUGGAGAAAAGCCUUACAGAUGUGACCUGUGUGGAAAGGCCUACACUUGUAAGAGCAACCUUACUUUGCACAUGCGAAUUCACACCGGAGAAAAGCCAUACAGAUGUGACCAGUGUGGAAAGACCUUCACUCGUAAAAACAUCCUUUUUAUGCACAUGCGAACUCACACGAGAGAGAAGCCUGAACUACAGUGAAAUUUGAUUCAUCAUUUCCUCCAAUUCCACUGUAUUAUAUUCAUUCGAAAGCUUACGAUUGUCCACACUGACAAAUUAUUACAUAAAGUAUGUAAAAUGUCACUAGACCUUAUCAUGCUAUGUAUCAUACUAUGACACACUGUACAAGAUAAAGUAAUUGUAUUUUGUUGUAUACAAAUCACGACACCUUGAUGCAAAUUAGGGCUAGAAUAAAAUACCCAACUUUGUUUUCUGUCCAAUAUUGGGUUACAAACAACCCAGCCUUUUUUAUAUAGUUUCCGGUGCUAAAUAAGAAGGUCUGCAUAUUUUGUUUCUUUAUUAAUUGUAAGUCUUGUUUUGUGUUUUUA